CCACGACUUUACGUACGAGCCACCGCCUGCUUCCAAUUGUCCACUGCCACAUCCUUCUUGCCUUCCUCCGCUGUUGCUUUGCAGUGCAGUUGCGGUACCUGCUCCUGGAUAUUGGUGUUGCCGCUGCCCAAUCGACAAGGCGAACGAGCGUUUACGGUGCCGUACCAUCCCUAAUUCAUCAAUUCCUAUCCAACGGCAUCCCCAGCUUCUCGCGGGUACAACCACAGCAUUACACUCAGCUUUCAUGGAUCCAGCGAACAAGAGACGAAGUGCGCGAAAUCGGCUCUGUCAUUCUUUUUGGCCCCUCGUGAAAGAAGAGAAUUCGAUUUUUCUUCGUCAACGAGAAACUCCCCGUUCUCUCCGAGAGGCGUUGAAGACUAGGAUGAUUCAAGUUGAUUCACACAUCGUCAUCUUUGCCCCAUCCUCUGGUUCCUCCAGCCGAGGCGCAGUCGUCGGCACUUUCGUUGACGAUGGGCGAUGGCCCCCUUGGAUCUUGAAAGAUAUCCUAGCAUGGUACUCCGUACAGCACUUGGCGGACUGAAGUUGUAUCUUCUACAACGCAAAGAGCAAGGCGAGGUACAUUGUUGCUCCCAUCGUUUGGGUUCGAUUUUCCUCCCCCAACCACCCCACCACCGGUACUCUCCUUCACCGUAUCCAGGGCCGCCGCGAGCGAUCGACUUUACGGCGGGAGCCCAUGUGCCGUCCCUGUCGCUCAUCACCUGGAGGGUUCGGUUCGUGGCCGACCUCUUGCGGUUCCAUGCCAUACCUGUCACGUCCUGUCAACUAAACAAGUCCCCUCGACAACGCGAGACCUCAUUUCAGGAAAAAGACACGAAAGAAACCGAGAAGGCCCAUAAGCCACCGGUACGGGCAGGUCCCAGGGGUCCCGCAUACGUCAGGCGUUGCGUACCAUGGCUCAGCUCCGCCGGGGGUUCAGUCAUUUACUAUCCAUUCCGCCCCUGCGGCCGCCUACCACAGCUGCAGCAAGCCACCGCAAGCUGCUGUACUCUGCCCAUUUGGGCGACGGACGACGCGGGUCGGACAGAGAGGGAAGCAGGGCCUGUCCACGGCCGUAGAAGCAGGAAGAAGGACACAGACGAGACAUCGGUCGACGCCAGUCUCCAGACAGGCAUUGGGACGGACUUCAGCGGCGGGUUGCGCAAAGGAAAACGAGACCGAUGACAAGCCGGGUGCGACGGUGCUCCGACUGACAGAGACCUCGGACUUUACCUCUCUGUGCGCUUGUCCGUCUGGGGUUAAGAAUAGGUGGUUGAACAGAACAGACUCAAGCUGCGGUCCGUGGGAAGGCAAAAAGACCAAAAGACCAGACGAUGUCUGAGGUUCGACGACAACUGCGGUACGGAGUAACAGAGACAGAGUGGUCGUACCGAUGGGCGGGCAAGCAAUAGAGUCACCGUGGUCAUCCAUCCACAACAAGCCUUACCCGCUGGGCACGCCGCACAUCACACCCACUCCAGCCCCUCCAAAAGCCCAAUCCCCCCUCCCGCUCUCGUCAGGG